UCUAAGCAGUGAUGAGCAUUUAAAACCCAGAUUACUUCAGAGACUGCCAUACACACAGUGCGUCCAUGGAUAACAACUCCAACUACGGGGACUUGUCUGAAGAGAAAAAUAUCUGAUUUUUGCAAGUCACUUAAAUUUGACAAAUAGUCAAAACUUAUUUCUACGCCUAGAUUUUCAGAUUUUGGUGCCAUGUUACAAAGGUAACACAGCCAGGUCUGACUGAACUGUACGUCGAAGGAACUUUUCAGUGCUGCUUCCCGUGGACUGAACUGAAAAAGGAGCAGAAGUGGAAACAGCUUCAGAAAUGGCAAAGCCUAUGGACCAUGUUAAACGUCCCAUGAACGCUUUUAUGGUGUGGUCGAGAGCCCAGAGACGGAAAAUGGCACUGGACAACCCGAAGAUGCACAACUCUGAGAUCAGCAAACGCCUUGGCGGUGAAUGGAAACUCCUGUCGGACUCUGAAAAAAGACCUUUUAUUGACGAGGCCAAACGCCUUAGAGCCGUUCACAUGAAAGAACACCCGGAUUACAAAUACAGACCGCGGCGAAAGCCCAAAAACUUGAUUAAAAAAGACCGGUAUCAUUUUAAUGUGACGUACAAUCUGGGUGACAGCGACCCGUUGAAAAGUGCGCGUCUACCCGGUGACGCACUCACGGACUCGCUGAGCGCGGAGAAAACGUCGGUCGCCGCUGCUACUCGGGUGUUUUUCAGUCACCACCUGUCCGCCAGCCCAUAUCCGUUUCUCGACCUCACCUCCAAAGUUUCGGAAUUACCCCCUGCGCCUUUCCCACAUUACUCAAUGCUCGGGUAUCCUGGUGGAGUCUCCGCGUUUCCCGGGAUGGGGGUUCUGGCCGGUGCGCCACACGCUCACCCGUCUCCGGGUAACCCGGGCCACAUGUUGCCCUAUAACUGCCUGGGCUGGCCGGGUUCUGGACCUGCUGUUCCUUCCUCUUACGUGCUUUUACCAGGAAUGACCAAAGCUCAACAUGAACCUUAUCUGACGUACGCUGCGACGAUAUGAUUGGAAAUUAAAGGACCACAAUGUUCAUGUGGUAGAAGGUCACGUGCACUUGUUUAAAGCUUUUGCGUUUUGUAAAAAAUAAAUAAAUGUUUAAAAUAUUA